UUUCCCUUUAACCCAGAUGCGAUAUAUAUGUCAUCGAAAACCGUCGAAAGUACGAGUAAAUAACAGUAACCCAACCAAACCAAUACGGACCUGGAGAGUAUUUAAAAUCCCAAAGCAGAGCGUCUUUAAUCCACGUCGUGUUACAUUUCAUCAUGGUGGAUAGUGUUUACCGCACGCGAUCUCUUGGUGUAGCUGCAGUCGGUCUUCCUGACCAGUAUGCAGAUGGAAAAGCAGCAAAAGUGUGGCAGCUGUACAUCGGAGACACUAGGAGCAGGACGGAGGAGUACAAGACCUGGGUGCUGUCCCUGCUCAGAAAACACGGGGUUCAGAGAGUGCUGGAUGUAGCCUGCGGCACAGGGGUGGAUUCCAUUAUGUUGGUGGAGGAGGGAUUCAACUUGGUUAGUGUGGAUGCUAGUGACAAAAUGCUGAAAUAUGCACUUAAAAAGAGAUGGGAGAGAAGAAAAGAGCCAUUCUUUGAUAACUGGAUAAUUGAGGAGGCCAAUUGGCUUACAUUACCAGAAGAUAUCCAAAAACCUGGAGAUGGGUUUGAUGCUGUUGUUUGCCUGGGAAAUUCGUUUGCUCAUUUGCCAGACUUCAAAGGAGACCAAAGUGAUCAUAAGGUUGCCUUACAAAACAUAGCCAGCAUGGUAAAACCUGGUGGGAUCCUGAUAAUUGAUCAUCGUAACUAUGACUACAUCCUUGAGACUGGCCAAGCACCCCAGGGAAAGAAUAUUUACUAUAAGAGUGACCUGAAACAGGACAUCUCCACCUCUGUGCUGUGGGUUAAUAACAAACCUCACAUGAUCACACUGGAUUACACACUGGAACUGCCUCAGCCAGAAGGUGUUCAGACUCCCCCUGAGACAAGUAAAUUCAGACUGUCAUAUUAUCCCCAUCGUCUGGAAAGUUUCAAGGAGAUUUUAAGAGGAGCCUUUUUUGACAAAUGUGAGCACAGCGUAUAUGGUGACUUCAAGGAGUACACCCCAGGACAAGAAGAGACACCUUGUUAUUUCAUUCAUGUACUUAAAAAGAUGGCUUAAAUCCUUAAUAAUUUCCCUGUUUCUGACUUCGCUCUGCUGCUUCUGAAAACAAAUCAAGCAAAGUAGUAAAAAUAUUUGGAAACAGGGAGGCUUAAUUGUAUCGCUUGUUUGCUUUGAAAGUGAUAAUUUGAUUUAUAAUUUUUGUCAGGUCUUUUCUCUUUAAUCUUUAAAAAAAAUAUUUUUUAUUUUAUCUUGCUUGUAGUUGAUUUUAAUCAUAUAGGGGCGGUUUCCUGGACAGGGAUUUAGUCCUAGACUAAAAUAGAUGUAAGAGCUGUCCAAAAUGAAAACAACUUGCACUGACAUAUCUUAAAAUACAUCAGUGCCCUUCGUAUUGCCUCAAAAUGCACACAAGUAAUUUUUUUAGUAAGGCAUGUUUGUUAAAAUAUUUCCUAAUUAAACUAAGGCCUAGUCCUGGCUUAAGCACAUCCCUGUCCGGGAAACCACCCCAUAGAGUUGACCUCAUGUAUGCAUGUAAUGUACAACUGAUUUUACUUUGUUUCUUUGAAAAGAGCACUCUGAAAAGUGAUAAUAGCUUAAAGCUUAUUUUGUUUAGGGGUACAUCCUUUUAAAUCAAAAGACCUGCUUAGUGUUAGCCAGUUAUACUCAUUUACUUGAGUAUAAAGUUACAUUUUAAGGCAUGAACAUUUGAUCUGUACAUUUUAUUUUUUAUUGUUACAUAAUUGUUACAUAAUUGUUACAUAUUCAGCAGGGUUGUUUUAAUAUUGACAGGUUGGGUAGAAGAUUUACAGGAUUUAAACAUAGACUUGCUAAAUGCUUGUCUGAUUUAGAGGCAAAAAUACUUCAGUGUCAAUAUUAGAAAGUGUAACUUUGCAUAGCCUUACUCCAAAAACAAUGUUAUGAAACCUAUGAAGAUUUUUUGUUUAAAAUAAAUAUCCAGAUGAUAA